UUUAAACCUCUUGUUCAACAGGUAAUGGAUUCCUGCCUUCUAUGUUUGAUCUUCUCCCUUGUCACCGGUGUGGCCAAAUGCAUUGAAGAUGAUCACCGGGUUAAUGGCACUCACCAUCAUGACUAUUGCAUCCUUGGCGCUGGGCCUGCCGGACUGCAGAUGGGCUACUUCCUCUCCAAAGCCAAAAGAGACCACAUCAUCUUGGAGAGAAACUCUGGACCUGGGAGUUUUUUUCACAAAUAUCCCCGGCACAGAAAGCUCAUCAGCAUCAAUAAGAUCCACACUGGACGGCAGAACCGAGAGUUUAAUCUCCGCCAUGAUUGGAACUCGUUGUUGAGCGAUAAACCAGAGCUCCUGUUCCGGCAAGUCAGCAGGGACUUUUACCCGCCGGCUGAUGCCUUCCCACGCUACCUUUCCAUGUAUGAGAUGGAGCUCGGGCUGAGGGUCCAGUAUGGUGUGGAUAUUCGAAGGAUCAGGGCAGUGGUGGCAUCCAGCGGAAGACGUUAUGUCCUAACUGAUCAACAUGCAAAGGAAUACACGUGCAG